GCUCCAAAUGUCUGUAACUUUGGACAUUCAUUAGCCCUUCUGUCUUUGCUGGUAUCUCUGAGUUACUUUCUUUCUGUUUUCUUUAUUACUCCCACCCUCCACUCACACUCUGUGACUCCUUCCCCCCUCCCCCAGGUUGUCAGGGGCUAGAAGACAACAGGAGCUAUAGAAGGGCCCAGGCAAUAAAAAAAACAGGGGAGAAAACACUCCUUAAAAGCUGGAAGGUGGGGUGUAAGGAAAUAUGCUGCAGCAGCAGAAAGUAAAAUUCUCCAAGAAAGAUAAAGGGCAGCCAAGGAUCUAAGAAAUUUGCCCACAGCUUGGUUGAUGCAGUGUUUCCCAGGGACACCUUCCAGGAACAAAAAGGAAAGAUGAGCACAAAAGACAUAGCAAACAUGUCCUCUCCAACUCCCAGUGUGCUUGCAUUUCUCAAUGCUACUACCACAGAGCUGAGUUCUGAACCCACUGGGGAGAAGCCUGACUCCUUGCCUAUUAUUAUUGCUCUUGUCUGCAUUUUCCUUCUUCUGGCCACCUGCCUUAUUUUUGUCACUCUGUGCAAGCCAGUGGCUCUAGACCAGUAUUUCCAUGGACCACAUGAGUUUAUGCCUUAUCAUCCUGAGAAUGCCAGUGAGCCACAGCUCAGACUCUGGAAACGCCUGGGCUCUUUGAGGUAUUCCAUACAUGGUGUGAAGCGCAGCCGUCCCAUCUCCCAAGCCCGUGAAACAUAUUCAAGAAAAGCACCUUUCACCCAGGACUGGAGCAUCAUGGAGUCAACUGAAAUGUAACUUGGCCAUUCCUUUUAUGAUUCUGCUGCAGUAAAAUCUCCACCUCAGUUGUUCUACUCAAACUGUUCAUUAUCUCAGAUAACCUAAGUCCCUUUGGAGAGUUACUGAGUGGCUAGAGAAGCAACGCUUUCAGUACCUACUCAACAGAAUUGAAACAAUAUUGAAGAAGUGAAGAAACUCCAUGCUAUGCAUAGACAAGUGGACACUUGGGCACACCUUGCCCCUCUGGCUCUAUUUGUGCCUACAUGCAUCUUAUCGUACAGCUCUUAAUUCUGUGAGAACAAACCAUUUUGCCAAAGAUAAAGAAGAACAGUUAUUGCACAGUUAUCUGUUGAAUGGUGGAAAAUAUUACCUGGAUAUGUGGGACAAAGACUUAGAAACUUUUAAAACUUUGAUUCCAGAGCUUUUGCCCUUCUGCACAAUCAUUGCAUAUAUUAUAGGUUUAUGGUAUCCAAUGCAUAAUGCUGUACGAAGUACUCUAUAGAAACAGCGUUAUUCCAGAGCUUGAAAAAUUACUUUUAAAAGCUUGUUAGGUAAAGUUAUGUUAACUAUAACCCAAUACCCUAGUUACCAUUACUGUUACACUUUUUGAAAAGGAACUAUUUCUUUUUAUGAUUCUCAAAAAGUAAGCAAAAUAGUACCUUUAACUGAUUUCUAAAAACCUGAAUGUUUUCCAUUCAGCAAUAUGAGGCAUAACACAAGCCACUGUUUUAAUGAUAUAAUAUUUCUUCCCCACAUUUAGUGAGGCCACACCAUAUAACCAUACAGUUAUACUUAAAAAGAAGGGAAAUUAUCUGCUGCUAAAUUACAAUAGUAAUGUAGUUUACUCCUUUGUUUUGGCAGGGAAAUGAAUUAACUGCAAGUAACUAGCUGCUAGUAACCAGUUUCUUCCAAUUUCAGUGAUAUCCUGAUGAAAGUGGGAUAGAUAUUAGCAUGCCCUCUCAUAUAGGAAGUUGUACUGCAAAAGUGUGCAUAGCUACCAAAAAUAUAAAAAUAUGGCUGAUGCCACUUUUGCUCUCUGCCACUCUAGACAUCACAAUUGCAGACUUAAUGCGGACUUAAUGCAGUUUAACAUCACUUUCACUGUCAUGGUUCCAUCCUGUGGAAUCCUGAGAUUUGUAGU